UCUAGCUUUUCUCUUUCUCUCCGCCUUGACUUUUUCUCUUUCUCUCUUUCGCCUGCGCUGUCCAUUCUGUCUCCACCCUGCUAGGUCACGUGGAUCGACACCUUUAUCUAUAACAACUACAUAAGCAAGAACAAAAGACUCCCCCUCUUAAGUUGAGAGCAGUCUUCCUGGAGCACAGUCAGACAUCACAGAGCUGUGAUCAUACGCACCACCAUGAACCAGAGCCUAAUAACAGCUUUAAUUCUCUGCAGCAUCAGCUGGACCUCUGUCUCAGGUUCUGAGUCUCUCACUGAGACUGUGGAGGGUCGGCCGGGUAAAGAAGUCACACUCACAUGCUCUAAGUCGUCCAACACAGACAGUCCAACAUUCUGGUUCAGAGUGUUCAACAGAACCAAGGCCAGCUGUAUCUCCAGUCAGGUCAGCUCUAAAAGCAAAACUCGUUACUGCGAUGGAUAUAAAAAUGGAAGAUACAACAUGAGUUCCAACAUAUCUGCUACGACCCUCAGAAUUAAUGAAGUGGAUGUAUCUGACUCUGGACUGUAUUUCUGUGGAUAUUCCGGCGGAGGAUUUUACACUUUCAGCGCGGUACAUUUAAAUGUUAAAGGCAGCGAUGAUUCUCAUGAUGACGCUGACAGAAAGUCUGAAAAGUCUGAUGGAAGAGUAACACUGAUGAGUUUGGUCCUGGGAGCUCUGACUGGUCUCCUCUUAAUGAUCAUCAUCGGUCUUGUUGUUAAAAACAGGAAACUUCAGAAAGCUGCCAAUGAAGAACAGAAUCCACAACAGCCUGAGAAUCUGGACUCUGACCUGAAAGAUGCAGCACUGAGUGUGUAUGCAGCAACAAUAAGGAACAGGAGGCCUGCAUCAGAGAGAGAAGUGGAGACUCAUGUUGUUUAUGCUGUCCGCAGAUAGACUCAAAGAGGAACUGAUGCUUUAUCAUAUUCCUCUCCUGCUGUGUUCUUUUGUGGGUGAAUGAGGAGGAGUUACCCUUUUCUUGAAAAAAAAAAAGACAAAUAAAACCACUAAACUUUUAAUCUCAUCUCUC